AUGAGAGUGGCUCUACGACCAUUACCAUGGCGAGUUUUGAGGCGCAAGCUUUCGAAACUCGCUCAACUUUCUCGCGAAGAGUUUCAACCGGUGAUAGGGCUAGAGGUUCAUGUUCAGCUGAACACAAAAUCCAAAUUAUUUUCACGAGCACCUUGCGAUAGUGAUGCUCCUCCGAACAGUCAAGUUGCUGCUUUCGACAUGGCCACACCGGGUACAUUGCCAAUGCUUAAUAAAAGCUGUGUGAUGCAUGCUCUACGAAUGGCUGUGCUUUUGAAUUGUGAAAUCCCACCGUACUGCAGAUUUGACAGGAAACACUACUUCUAUGCCGAUAUGCCAGCUGGAUAUCAAAUAACGCAGAGUGAUCAGCCUGUGGCUCGAAACGGAAGGUUUACAUACUCGGUGUACAGCGAGGAUAUCCCAUCAUACAACAAAGAGGUCCGGAUCACUCAGUUGCAACUUGAACAGGACAGCGGAAAAACAAUUCAUUUCGGGCAGUCAUCUCUUAUUGAUCUCAAUCGUGCAGGUGCCCCAUUGGUGGAGGUUGUUAGUGAACCAGAUUUCUCAACGGCUUUGGAGGCAAUGUGCUUUGUUCAACAGCUUCGUCUACUCUUGAUGCAUCAUGGCAUAUGUCAAGGAGAAAUGCAUAAAGGUCAUCUGCGAGUUGACGCAAACGUGUCGUUGUCACACGAUGGAAACAAAGGAGUCAGAACUGAGGUUAAAAAUAUCAACAGCUUACGACAUCUUCAUACGGCAAUAAAUUUUGAAAUCAACCGGCAGUAUGAAGUGAUUUCGAGUGGAAACCGAGUGAUUAACGAAACGAGGACAUGUGAUGAGCACGGACGCACCGUAUCCAUGCGAGACAAAGAGGAGAUCACUGACUAUCGAUUCAUUCCUGAGCCUAAUCUACCUUUUCUGAAAGUAAGCAAACUUAAUUGGAAUUGCAGUUAUGCUUUCAUCGAGAAACAAAUUCUUGUCUUUUCAUUGCAGGAAAGUACCGAUUUAUCUCGAUUUGUGAACCUUUGCGCUGAUCGAUUGAAAAAUUGUGGAGCCAGCGAAUUUGUAACAUGGAUGAACGAACUAAAGAUGAUGAUGCUAAGGAUAACUUCGAAUACAGCCGAUUUUGACUUUGAGAGCGUUUCUCACCAAAAUCGGGGACGCAGAGCAGGUAGAGCCGAUUCAAUUUGUAGCCUCGUAUUUAACAAAAGACGUCGAUUAAUUGAAUGUUGUCAGCUCUUCAACGAAAACAAUCUGUGGAGAAUAACAGACGAAGCCACCAUAAACAAAAUGAUGGAGGAAGUUUUGGCUAAAAACGAGAAACUCGUCCAGAAAGCCUCGACCGGGCAUGCAAAGUCAGUAACGAAACUCAGAAAUCUCUUGGUGGAUUCGUCAAAGAAAAGGAUAGACAGCGAGCAGGCCGAGAACGCCAUUGUGGCUAGGUUGAAUAUUUUGAAAAGCUCUACAUGCUCAGAGAAAUAG